AUGGACUGGCCACUCAGCCUGCUGCUCCUGCUCACCGUGUCCAUCUUUCUGGGGCUCAGCCAGCCCAGGAGCCCGAGAGGCAAGAAGAAGGGCCGGCUCGGCCCCCUGGCCCCCGGGCCCCCGCAGGUGCCGCUGGACCUGGUGUCCCGGGCCAAGCCCUACGCCCGCAUGGACGAGUAUGAGAGGAACCUUGGGCAGAUGGUGGCCCAGCUGAGGAACAGCUCCGAGCCGGCCAGGAGGAAGUGUGAGGUGGACCUGCAGCUAUGGCUGUCCAACCGGAGGAGCCUCUCGCCCUGGGGCUACAGCAUCAACCAUGACCCCAGCCGGAUCCCCGCCGACCUGCCGGAGGCGCGGUGCCUGUGUCUGGGCUGCGUGAACCCCUUCACCAUGCAGGAGGACCGCAGCAUGGUGAGCGUGCCCGUGUUCAGCCAGGUGCCCGUGCGCCGGCGCCUCUGCCCGCUGCCUCCCCGCUCGGGGCCCUGCCGCCAGCGCGCCGUCAUGGAGACCAUCGCCGUGGGCUGCACCUGUAUCUUCUGAGGCCAGGGCUGGGCACAAGGAGAGACCCUCAGCUGU